GGUUACCUAGAUUUUCAGUUGUGCUAGUCUCUUAAUACAAGUUCAGCUUCUCUCAGCCCCUGUUGGAACAACAUUGUUUUUGCCUUACUCAAGGUAAAUUGGGCUCAAGGAUGUUGUCCGAUACACAUUGAUUGCCAAAUGAAAUGUGGUUAAUGCAUAUAAAAUAUGCAAAGAUUAAUCCAAAAAAGGGAAUGAAGACAAUCCUUAAAGUCAGACUGGAUUUAGGUCGUGUGUUUCCAUGGGCCUGCAGAGGUGAAACUGAGGGCAGGAGCUGGUCCAAAGAAGACGACUACAAAGGAAGUCUGAUGCAAUGUCGCCCACCUGCUCCAGGAAGAGAGAGCGGCUCCUGGGCUGGAAGAAAGGGGAGCAGAACGGGCAGGAGGAGAAAUGGUGCGAGAAGGCGGUGAAGAGCCUGGUGAAGAAGCUGAAGAAGACGGGGCAGCUGGACGAGCUGGAGAAGGCGAUCACCACGCAGAACAUCAACACCAAGUGCAUCACCAUCCCCAGAUCACUAGAUGGCCGGUUGCAAGUAUCCCACCGUAAAGGGCUUCCCCAUGUAAUCUACUGCCGGCUAUGGCGUUGGCCAGACCUUCAUAGCCACCAUGAGCUGCGUGCCAUGGAGAUGUGCGAGUAUGCCUUUAACAUGAAGAAAGAUGAAGUCUGUGUCAACCCCUAUCACUACCAAAGAGUGGAGACUCCAGUUUUACCUCCAGUGCUGGUACCAAGGCACACAGAGAUUCCAGCAGAGUUCCCGCCAUUAGACGAUUAUAGUCAUUCCAUUCCAGAGAACACUAACUUCCCGGCAGGUAUUGAGCCACAAAGCAACUACAUUCCAGAGACACCUCCUCCAGGUUACCUGAGUGAGGAUGGAGAAACCAGUGACCAUCAGAUGAACCACAGCAUGGAUGCAGGUUCUCCAAAUUUAUCUCCAAAUCCUAUGUCCCCAGCACAUAAUAAUCUGGAUCUGCAGCCUGUUACCUACUGCGAGCCAGCUUUCUGGUGCUCUAUAUCCUACUAUGAACUCAACCAGCGAGUAGGGGAGACAUUCCAUGCUUCACAGCCUUCGAUGACCGUGGAUGGCUUCACCGAUCCCUCUAACUCAGAACGCUUCUGUCUUGGCUUAUUGUCUAAUGUGAACAGAAAUGCAGCGGUGGAGCUCACAAGACGACACAUUGGAAGAGGAGUAAGGCUGUACUACAUUGGAGGAGAGGUGUUUGCCGAGUGCCUUAGCGACAGUGCCAUUUUUGUCCAGUCUCCUAACUGUAACCAACGCUACGGCUGGCACCCUGCAACUGUUUGCAAGAUUCCACCAGGGUGUAACUUGAAGAUUUUUAACAACCAGGAAUUUGCAGCCCUUUUGGCUCAGUCUGUGAAUCAGGGUUUCGAGGCUGUGUAUCAGCUGACCAGAAUGUGCACAAUCCGAAUGAGCUUUGUCAAGGGCUGGGGAGCUGAAUACAGGCGGCAGACUGUGACCAGUACCCCCUGCUGGAUUGAACUGCAUCUUAAUGGCCCUUUGCAGUGGCUAGACAAGGUCCUUACACAAAUGGGUUCCCCAAGCAUUCGUUGUUCCAGUGUAUCUUAAGGAAACAUCUCCUUGGGGGGCAAAACAAGAACUCUGGAAAAUGGAAUCAGUUUAACCCUUAGCAAAAAGCAUAAUAAAUAAAUUCUCUAUAGUAUUCACAUGAUCAGAAAAAACAUGAAUUGCAAAAACAAGAGGUUAUUUUUAAAUGAAGUGCUCAUUUUAAGCCACUUCCCUGAAACUGUGUUAGCACAUAUUAUGGGCCAUUGGAGUAAGAAUUUGAAGCUGAUGUUUUUUCAUGCUAAGAACAUGGACUUCCGUUUUAGUGGCGUGUAGCAAACAUUCUGCAUUUAAAUCCUUGUUGUGCCUAUGUUGCCUCUGCUAUGUACAGCUCUGAUCACGGGGAAGCUGCUUUCACCAGGUGCUCUCUGGGUUGGGGGUUUUGUGUUACCGAACUUCAGCCCAAUGCAAUGUAGCAUCUCUGUAAAGCAGAUACUAUUGAACAUUGCUGCCAAGGCCUGCUUCUGCAUUACUCUCUGACAGCCUGGCAGGCAUGUCUCUGCCGUUUCUGAAUGAGCCCACCACAGCAGAGGUGUUAAAUAAAAACAACACACUCACAAAAGAGAUCCCUCCAACAAAGCACCGAGGAGUCCCCCAGAGGGAGUGUUUUUCCCUUGCCAGAAAGCGGGCAAUGAGGCAGGCCUGGCUUUGUGCGUGAGAUGUACAGUUAAUAUCACAGUAAUCUCAGAGACUGGGUUUACGUGAAGCAAAAGACUGAUGUUAAGGUUUGUUUUAAUGUCAUUGCAGUGAUAUUGAUUGGCUAGGGCAGCUCUCAGACAAGUGUUUGUAACUCAUUGCAAUUAGCUCUUGCCACAUCUGGAUGAGUUUAAGCCUUACUUGCUAGGUAGGCCAUUUGUAUUACUUACAUGAACUUUUGUAUUGUAUCCUCUCAAUAUGUUGAAUGGUGUCUUACACUUUUUAAAUUUUAUGGGCUUAGUGAACUUAGUGGUGGGGCAGAGGGAAGAGAGCUACCCAGUCCUUGCUGCCACAUUCAGAAAGAGCACAUGGGAGUAACCUGAUUUAGAGCAUACAGUGCUGUCACAUGCCACUCUACAAAUUUAGCUAUGACAUCUCAGAUACAGAAAUACUCUCUGUUGUUAAAGACUACUCUCAAGGUGUUUUGUUGCCUAUUGGAGAAAGUAUAAGGGGAGAACAUGUUUUUUACAUAUAUUAAAAAAAAAAUUAUAAUAUCCUCCCUUGACAGUUGUAAUGGUAGUUGUUCCCUGUUGUGACUGUCAUGGCAAGCAGAAAUAACCUCCACAACUGGAAAAAACAAACAAACCCACACUGCUUGCUACAAGCUAAAAUUUGCCAUACACAUUUUAUAACUUAUUCUUUGCCACUCAAUCAUCUGUUUCUCUUUGUUCCUGUUAAAUAUCAUAUGUGUUUGUGCCAAAAUGUCAAGAAAAAAGACUACCAUGUUCAGAAUUUCCUAUGGAAAUCUGAUGUAGAAAGUCAGUUACAAACCUACGUCUGACUCUGGGAAGCAUAGAAUGCUUUUUGCAGUGCUUUGUGAUAAAUAAAGCCUCAAUCUUGCAAGCACUUAUGCACACGAUGAACUUUUAGACGUGAGUAGUUCCAUUGAACUCCAUGCGACUACUCUUGUGUGUGCGCAUUUGCAGAAUCACGGCCUAAGUCUCAUCACUGGGCAGUGAGCUUUUGAUGCCAUUUCACAGAUGCACUUCAGGUGUCUGCAUGUAUCUGGUUUGUCUAUGUACUAAGGCUUUUAUACAUACUUAUUCCCUUGGUACCCAUUUAUGUACUGGCCAAAAUAAUUGGUUGCCAAAAUCACGUUUUUGUGUUUGGAGGCAUCCCAAGGGAAGCUACAAGGGAUCCUUUCUUUAGUAUGCAUACCGGACAAAUUCUCCUAGAUUUACCCUGCUACACAAGCUUUCUGUCCCUACAUACAGGAGAGUGACUAUGCUGUCAGUUUCACACUCAAAAUGCCCUUCAGGAGAUUCCUUGCCAAUGUUGUUUUCUCCUAGCAAAUAAAAGGAUGUUUUGGAGGACGACUUUCCAUCAAAGGUGAGAAUGACCUCUAGUGUGUAAUUCCGGAGCAGACUUGCAAUGGGACUUGUGCUCCCACUGAAGAAUCUUCCUCUGCAGCUUUGACUGGAUCUUUUGUGGAGCAUCAGUGCUUGAAUCAGAGUACUGGAGGUUUCUGUUGUUCACUAUUUCUGCAGUGCAUUUGAAUUUGUUUAACUCUGAAUGCCUGUGAUUCAUGCACUGAGGGGGGUGGGGUCUGAGUAAUAUGGUCUUUGCAAGCCAUUUAAAAAGAAUAGGUCUGACUGUCACUGUGGAUUGAUUUGUUAUACAUUGGCUUCUUUACUUUCAGAUUUCGGCUUCUGACAUAAUUGCAUGGAAAGAUCUAUUCUGGAGCUUAUUACAGAGCUGUUUUGAAUUGAUGUCAUGGUUUAAAAAAAAAAUUGCUAUGUAAAAAUGGCCCCAGGUUUCUUCCCUGAGCAUCUGUAGUCAGAUCUGCUUAUUUCACUGCACAAGCCGUUUUACCUCACAUAAUCGUGGAGGAAGCAGGCCUCCAUUCUCUCUGGGCCUUAGCAACAAAAAUUACAUCUUACAUUUCUGAUUGUUGAAUCUUUAUGACUCGUGAUGAUGUAAAACAGAAAACCCAGUUUGACUUUCAGAUUCCAAACUGAGUUUGCAGGGUAGUAGCUACGGGAAGGAGCCAGUUGUCUUUUUUUUUUUUAAUAUGAAGUUCCCGGAGAGAAUCUCCUUCUCUGAAUCUGAUUUGCAUAUGGACUUAUUUGGCAAAGCAGACAUCUGUUUUAUUUCGCAGAGGGUUAAAACCUGUAAUCCUUAUUAAUAUAUAGCACAAAAAGCAGUAUGCAGAUCAUGAUGGUAAACUAUGGUUAACAUCAUCAUUCCUGUAAAAUGAAUUCACCUAGAAAAUGUAAGUCUCUCAGGCAGUGCCUUCUCACUGAUUCAUAAUAGCUUUAUGGUUUUAAAGUCACCUUUUAAGUUCAAGAAGAAAGUACUGUACCUUUUAAACAGCCGAAAAGACGAGGGGAGGAGGGAAACAUUGUGAUCCAAGGGUUUUGUGUUGCACAGUUUCAAGUGGAUAUUGUACAGGUAAAAGCUUGUUCCCCAUCAGAUUUGGAACGUACUUAAUGUGUCUUAAUCAUGUCAUUUGUGGCUGACACUACUGAAAGGAAAUAGAUAGCACUUGGGCGUAGCUUACUGUACUCAGCAUUGCUCCAGAGGUGCAUGUGUGGGUUGUUUUGUUUUUUUACUUAUUUUCUAAAACUUUAUUAUGGUAGCUUUGAUAUGUAGCACAAAUGUAUGCAGUCUACCAUGCCUUAGCUUAGAUUACAUAUGUGUACUGGAAUAUCCUCUCAUUUAGCUGUAGUCUUGGCUAGUUGACCAGGAUUUCAUACAUUUUUGUUACAAGCAGAGUCAUUAGCAGGAACUUUGACUCUUUUUAAUUGGUGUAGCCAUACACAAGGGCACGGCUGCUGGCAGACGUUACAGAUGGCCUUGUGAUUUUUAAUGACUGUGGUGAAUUUUUUUAUUAUUAAUGUAUUGGACUGAAUUGCAGUGUGUAUUUUGUGUUUAGCUUGUCUUAGACUAAAAUCCAGUGCUAUAUACUUGAUUUAAUCAACAGCUAUAAAGUAUGUGUGUGCAAAGAGGGAGGAAUUGGAAGCAUAUCCAACUUUCCUCAAGGCUCUUGCUGCAAACAUUUAGCCAAGGAAUGAUGAUGGAUAGGUGACCUUUAGGAAAUAAUUUCUAUUCGACCAGUUUUCUCUCCUCUUAGAGGCAAGUAUACUUGGAACAGUACAGAGAUACUCUGUAGGGUGACAAAUUUUCAUAGCUGAGUCUGAAGCAGCUAGUGUAGACGUCCAUAUCUCAUUCCAGUUACUUACUGGAAGAAGCACUAGAAGGUAGAGCAUAGCUCUGCGAAAGACUUCAACAACACAAUAAAAUAAUCUCGGUGUGAGCUCUCCUGGUACUCCGAGGCACUGGGUAGGUAGAAGGAAUGGAAUAUCAAUAAACUGGUCUAAGCUAGAAUGAGAAAUUAUUAGUCACUAUAUAGUAGUUGAUUGAGCUGUAUGGUUAAGAAAUUUGGUAUAUUCUUUCACACGUUUUAAUAUUUAUCUAGUUUCUUCGAAUAUUCAGAUGAAUCAAAUAUUUAAUUUUUAACAGAAAGAGCGCUUCAGGGUUGAGAUUAAAGAUCUGAGGUUUCUCAUAUGCUCCUCUCUGAUGAUUGUUAAUAAUUAGGAUGUUACUGAUGUGAGAGCAGCUAGACAUCUGUCCUAGAGCUGAUCAGCAAAUCCUUGCAAAUUAAACAAAACAUGGACUUUGGUUCCAUUUACUUCAGUUUAUGUUGCAGAAGCCCUUGUUUGGGUGGCUGUUCUUUUGUCUUUUAACAAUAAAUGCCAUACACAGAUGGGCCAUUGCACUGCCCUCUUCAAGUCUUCUAGUUUGAUUAUUUUACAACAAAAUGAUACUUUAAAAAUAAUAAAAGAAAGCAUUACUCUGUAAAUGUUUUGAUUCAUCUUAUGCUUCCUCCCAUACGUGAAUGCUAGACCAAUCUGCACCAUUGCAUCCUGUUCCAUCUUGAGGAUGGAGGAGGCCCAGCUCUUUGUUUCUGGAGGGAAUUAUUCCGCCUUUUUGUAGCUGUCUAUGAUCAUGUUUGCAUUAGUAUUUAGAUUUUCUUAACCUGAGAUUGUAUGUUAAUGAAUGGUUCAGCUGCCUAUGUGCUUUAGCUUAAGCAUUAUUCAUUCACCUGUUGUUACUAAAGGCCUGUACCAUGUAUGCCCUCUUAUGUCAUAUGUGAAACUUCUAUUUUUGUCAUUUUAAUAAACUUUAAUUUGAAAAAUAA